CCACGAGAGCCCAGAAACAUCUCAGAGGACGCGACAAAGCCCUCGGACGUCCGUUCUCGCCCGGCCUCUCGUUCGUUCCCGCUAUAAGUGUCCCCCCCUCGCGGCGACCCUCGCGUAAUUAAGGCGUAAAACCGCAGCGGCCGCACGUCGUCCAAGCCAUUGUUCGUUCCGUUAGCCAUGGACCCCUACAAGCACCGGCCGUCGAGCUCCUUCAAUGGCCCGAUGUGGAGCACCAACUCCGGCGCGCCCGUCUGGAACAACGACAACUCCCUCACCGUCGGCCCCCGAGGCCCGAUCCUGCUGGAGGACUACCACCUGGUGGAGAAGAUCGCCAACUUCGACCGUGAGCGCAUCCCGGAGCGUGUCGUCCACGCCCGUGGCGCGAGCGCCAAGGGCUUCUUCGAGGUGACCCACGACAUCUCCCACCUGACCUGCGCCGACUUCCUCCGCGCCCCGGGCGUCCAAACCCCGGUCAUCGUACGCUUCUCCACCGUCAUCCACGAGCGCGGCUCGCCCGAGACGCUCCGUGACCCUCGCGGGUUCGCCAUCAAGUUCUACACCCGGGAGGGCAACUGGGACCUGGUCGGCAACAACUUCCCCGUCUUCUUCAUCCGCGACGGCAUGAAGUUCCCGGACAUGGUGCACUCGCUCAAGCCCAACCCAAAGUCCCACAUCCAGGAGAACUGGCGCAUCCUCGACUUCUUCUCGCACCACCCGGAGUCGCUCCACAUGUUCACCUUCCUCUUCGACGACAUCGGGAUCCCCGCCGACUACCGCCACAUGGACGGCUCCGGUGUCAACACGUACACGCUAGUGAACCGUGCCGGGAAGUCCCACUACGUCAAGUUCCACUGGAAGCCGACCUGCGGGGUCAAGUCACUGCUGGACGACGAGGCGGUCACGGUCGGGGGUACCAACCAUAGCCAUGCCACCAAGGACCUUUACGACUCCAUCGCCGCCGGGAACUACCCGGAGUGGAAGUUCUACAUUCAGAUCAUCGACCCGGACCACGAAGGCCGGUUCGACUUCGACCCGCUGGACGUGACCAAGACCUGGCCAGAGGACAUCAUCCCUCUCCAGCCGGUCGGGAGGCUGGUGCUGAACCGGAACAUCGACAACUUCUUCUCCGAGAACGAGCAGCUGGCCUUCUGCCCCGGGAUCAUCGUGCCGGGGAUCUAUUACUCGGAUGACAAGCUGCUGCAGACCAGGAUCUUCUCCUACUCCGACACGCAGCGCCACCGUCUGGGGCCGAAUUACCUGCUGCUGCCGGCCAACGCUCCCAAGUGUGCUCACCACAACAAUCACUAUGAUGGGACCAUGAACUUCAUGCACCGGGACGAGGAGGUGGACUAUUUCCCGUCCAGGUUCGACCCCGCCAAGCACGCGCCACGCUACCCCAUCCCGUCUUCAACGUGCAACGGCCGCCGCGAGAAGAUGGUGAUCGAGAAGGAGAACAACUUCAAGCAGCCAGGGGAGAGGUACCGCUCCAUGGACCCGGCAAGGCAAGAGAGGUUCAUCAACAGAUGGAUCGACGCGCUCUCCGACCCUCGCCUCACCCAUGAGAUCAAGAGCAUCUGGCUCUCCUACUGGUCUCAGGCUGACAGGUCUCUGGGCCAGAAGCUGGCGAGCCGUCUCAGCGCCAAGCCGAGCAUGUAAGACCAGACAACGGCGCGAGCAAUUCAGAACUGCAUGCAAGCAUUCUUCCAUCUUAUAUCAGUAAAAGGAUCGAUUACGUAAUCCCGAUGCUGCAAGUACUUUAGCAUAAUGAGCUGGCCUAUUUUGAACGAGGACGUAUGAUAUGAUUAUUUCUACCACACAUUCCGCUCAUCGUCGUGCAUGUAAUAAUUAAUUUUGUGCAAUGCCCGUUCCUCCUGCAGAUACUUAUUGAUUAUUGUAAAGUGCACGCACCUUUGAUUAAUAAAUCAAAAGAAUAAGCCAAACAUAUAGUACUCCACAAGAGUAAA